AUGAACACAACGGAUGAAAUAAAUAAUGAAGAAAAAAGAGUAUGUCAUCAUAACUUGAGAAAAAAUAGAAAACCACGUAGUUACGACUUUGAAUACUAUGAAGAGUCGUUAAAUAAGCCACGAGGUAAAAAAAGAGGAAGAAAGAGGGGAAGGAAACCAAAAAACGUGCUAUAUGCAAUUAAUAAAAACUUGAACACAACUAAUGUUGUAAGAGUUAAAAGGCCUUAUAUUAGGAGGAAACCAAAAGGAAAUAAUGUAUGUGCAAAUGAUGAUAUAGAAAAAAAUAAAAGUAAUAAUUAUCUUUUAGAAAAAUAUGAUAACCCAUUAGAGAAAACCACGAAUGUUGAACAAGUACGCACAAAAGGUAGAAAAAGAAAGAAUUUUAAUAUAGACAAAAAUAUGCAUUUAUUUAAUUCAAAUGUUCCUCUAAGAAAUAAUAACAUUAAAAUUGAUAGAAUAUGUGAAUACCUUUCUUACAAAACAAAUACAACGUGGAAAUACAUGGGUUCUACUGUCAAAUUUAGGUUGAUCAAUGAUCAACAAGAAAAAUAUAUUUUUUUAAAAAAUAUGAAAAAGCACAUUAUAUUCGAAAUAAUUAAAAUUGCUAUGUUUGCAUUACUCAAAGUUAAUUUAAAUGAUAAUAAUAUUUAUACCUUACAUUUACAAGGAAAAAAAAAACAAGCACAAGAAGAUUAUACUAAUCAGAUGAAUUUUUCCACAAGUAAUCGCAGAUGCUUAAAUGAAAAUAACAUCGACAGUGGCACAUAUAGAAGUAAUGUUAAUAAUGGGAAGAAUAAUAGUAGUGAGAUGAGUAAUAAUAGUGAGAAGAAUAAUAGGAAUAAGAAGAAGAAUAAUAGUGAAGGUACGAACAUGGUUCAUAUUAAGAGCAAUUUUUGUAAUAACCUUAAUAACAACAAUAGUAAUAGUUACUAUAGCUACCAUUUUCCUAAUAAAGAUAGGGCGAAUAAUAAUAAUAGUAAUAAUAAUAAUAAUAGUAAUAAUAAUAAUAAUAUAAUAAUAAUAAUAAUAAUAAUAAUAAUAAUAAUAAUAAUAAAUAAUUACUAUCGUAACAAAGAAAACUUAUUAAAAAACGAUUUAUCGGAAGAAAAGGCAAAUUUUAAUUUAAAGUCUUCUUAUUAUUAUGAUGCAUUAAUAGACAUAAAUAAAAGACUAGAAGAGAAAAAUGAUAUAUUAAAUCAAGGUGUAACGGUUUCGGAAAUUUUAGAUUUCGUAAAAGAAAAGUAUGAAAAAUAUUAUGAAAAUGUAAAGCAAUACAUUGUAAGUACAUUAAAUAUUUACUGUGCUUUAAACAUAUUUAAAUUAAUUAGAAGAGGAAGAUAUGCAAUAUGUAGAUAUGAUAAUUUUAAUAUAUUUAAAGUAAAAUAUUUUAAAAAAUACUAUAAGUUUUUUUAUAAUUUAAAAGGAGAGGAAGAAAUUUUAAUGAAUGUGAAGAAUUACUUGAAAUCAUUUUAUUAUGAUAAAACUCAGAAUGAGCCUAAUACUAUUAUGUCAAAUGAAAAUGUAAGAAAUAACGUACAUUUUAAGGUAAAUAAGAUGAAUGAGGAAGGGAGUAAUAAAAUGAACCAAGAAAAACAAAAAUUUAAACAAAAAAAAAAAAAGCACUCUGAUGAAUUCGAAACAAGUACACAUAAAGAUAUUCUGUGUGAACAAGAAUAUGUAAUCACAAAUGACAAAAUCGUUACUUUUGAAAAUAAACUAAAUGCCAAAGAUGAAAAAGGACCAAAUGGUAAGCAUGAAAAUGAUGCUAAUGAUAUAUUUGAAGCGAACAAGGAUGAUAGUACAAAAAUGGAGCUUAAAAAUAGUUAUAUAUUUUCAUUUAAUAAUAUAAAGAUGAAUGAAGAAUAUAAGGAAUGUGGUCAGGAAAAGACGAGGGCAUUGUGUGAGGUAAGUAAUGAUGACCCACAGAAGCAAAACCAAGAAUGUCAACAAAAUGAAGAGUUAAAUGUAAUUGUUACAAACAAUAUGAAUAAAUACGUAAAUGAAGAUUUAGAGGAUUAUUAUGAUGGAAAAAUAAAAAAUGUUUUCAUUGAUCUAAACAAAAUUAAUAUAAAAUGUAUUAAGGUUGUUUAUGGAAUGAAACAUUUUUUUUGUUCCUAUGAUACGAAAGAAACAAAUGAUGAAAAUUUUGAAAUUAUAAAAGUGCAAAAAAAAUAUGAUGUUUUUAGAAGAUCAAAUCUGGUAAACAUGAAUCUAAGGUAUAAUUUCUUAUAUAACUCAAAAAGAUUAUUUAACUAUAACACUGAUGAUAAUAAUAAUAAUAACAGUAAUGCUAAUAACGGUGAGUAUACUUUAAAUAGCACAAAAAAUGUUAUAUUAAGAAGCAGUAAUAAUGUAAAUAUGAGUAAAGACGAACAAACACAAAAACAGCCACAGUAUGGAAAACAGAAAAAGAAAAACAAUGAAGAUGAUAUAACGAGGCAUGAAAAAUACAAUUAUAUUAAUUUUAAUUUAGGGUACAAAACUCUAAGAAAAAAAAUGAUUUGCAUAAGACAUUAUAUAAGUACAAACAAAAGAGAGGAAAAAGUAUUAAAACCAAAGAUUGAAUCUAAAGUAAAGGAUAAACCUCCAGCAAUAUCAAAUGAUAGCUUAAUGAAAACUUGUUCAAUAAAUUCUAACCUAUCGAACGUCGUAAGUGUUGAUGGACUCUCCUCUAUGAACUUUGAAAGUCACUGUUCUCAGUGA